GGAGGUGCCGGGGGAGGAGGCUGCCGUGGGGGCCGGCUUGGAGUGGGAUUCGACCCGCGGCGCUGACCGACUGCUGGACCGACGGUCGACGGGCACCCGGGUCUGCGCGCACAGCUGCUCCGGGUCGUCCCGGCCGAGGCGCUGGCCACGGUAGACCUCAGGGAGGGCUCGGGCUGCCGGGCCGGGCGCCAUGUCCAUGGAGGACCCCUUCUUUGUAGUGAAGGGAGAGGUACAGAAAGCAGUCAACACUGCCCAAGGAUUGUUUCAGAGAUGGACAGAGCUCCUUCAGGGCCCCUCUGCAGCAACAAGGGAAGAAAUCGACUGGACCACCAACGAGCUGAGGAACAAUCUCCGCAGCAUAGAGUGGGAUCUGGAGGACCUCGAUGAAACCAUCAGCAUAGUUGAAGCAAAUCCUAGAAAAUUCAACCUGGAUGCAACUGAAUUGAGCAUAAGAAAAGCCUUCAUCACAAGUACUCGGCAAAUUGUCAGGGACAUGAAGGAUCAGAUGUCAGCUUCAUCUGUGCAGGCACUGGCUGAAAGGAAAAACAGACAGGCACUCCUAGGAGACAGCAGCAGCCAGAGCUGGAAUGCUGGAGUGGCAGAUCGCUAUGGGCGCCUUGACCGGGAGCUGCAGCUAGCCAACUCCCACUUCAUCGAGGAGCAGCAGGCACAGCAGCAGUUGAUUGUGGAACAGCAGGAUGAGCAGUUGGAGCUGGUCUCUGGCAGCAUCGGGGUGCUGAAGAACAUGUCCCAGCGCAUCGGAGGGGAGCUGGAGGAACAGGCCGUCAUGCUAGAUGACUUCUCUCACGAGUUGGAGAGCACUCAGUCUCGACUGGACAACGUGAUGAAGAAACUUGCAAAAGUGUCUCACAUGACCAGUGAUCGGCGCCAGUGGUGCGCCAUAGCCGUCCUCUUCGCAGUCCUGGUGGUCGUGCUGAUCCUCUUCCUAGUGCUGUGAAGGUGGCCCGCCCGCCUCAGGCACUUCUGCACGAGGACCCAGGGGAGAGGAGAAGCAAGCACUCCGCCACUUACAUUCCUCGCCCAGAAACACACCUCUACCCGCCUCCUCUGUGACUCCAGCUUUGAGACAGCCCUCUCUCCCAGCACUCAGAGGGCAAGCUUAGAAGAGGGAAGAGGUGACCAUGUGCCCGGCUGGAUAGCAGAAGCCCCGGCUGCCCACUCUUCCUGAGGACAGCAAGCCACUGCUUUGCCUUACUGGACCUCGCUCCUUGAGGAAAGAAGGACAGAGUCCUCAGAAGAACUGACAGCCCCACUUACUCCGUUGCUCUUUCUACUGGUCUCUGGCAGCCUUUCCUUCUGCUCAGACCCUUUUCCCUGCUUAGAUGGGUGCCACUCUCCCUUCAGAAGAAGCCUGGCAAGAAUGAGGGCAUCUGGGGAUGUACGUUUUCAUUGCUGUUAUGUUUCUUAGCCCCUGAGAGCUGGCUGUUUCUGAGAACAGAAGGCUCAGAAACACUUCGUGACAGAAAUGCAGUGUCUCAUUUUGCUGGGUAAGAGUUGAGAUUAAACUGCUUUUCCGGGUGUUUUUGUGGCAGGGAUAAGCAACAGGAAAUAGUGAAAUCCCUUGGGGCUGGGGGUGCAGAUGACAAAAGGCUUUAAUAAACUGGGGCAGUUGAGAACAGCAGCACCUGUGUCGGUCUAGCCUAUUGAAGGAAUGAUGAUAUCUCCCAGGGCCUGGCCAGUCUGUCCCAGGGCUGCCUCCUCAGAGGUGCAGCUUGCAGAUGUAGAGCCCCGUACAGCACAGCAAUGCUCAGCCGGGUGGGACAUGCCUUCUUCUCUGAUGCUUUUAUGCUGAUGGCACUCAGAGAUGAGGUAGGAGGGCCAGCACAUCUAUUGCCUUUAUGCAGAAGCUGUCCUGACACAGAAAGGCUGGCUCUGAGCCAGAGGUCCCUUACUCUGUGAGUAAUAGCAUAGAUGGGGAAGAGAACUUGGAACUCUGUUCUCUAAGAACAACUUGACUUCAUCAUCCACUGGAGUUAUUGAGGGAGUCCAAAUUCCCUGACAGAUGGUUUAUUGGGUUGAAGUGGCUGAAACUGCUGACACUACGCUUCAGGCUUCGGGUGACGGUUCCCAUACCUCAGAUGUGCUCAUGAAUGUGGGAUUUCUCAUAAUGUCCCGAAUGCAUAGCCUGGUAUUAACAUAGCCGUCAGGGCCAGAGCCAGCCUUCCACGUUGGAGGCUGCCGCUCAGUCGUCCUCUGUGCUGGAAGAGCAGCACCUGGAUACCCUGACCUUUGACCUCUCUUGCUCUGCCUUUCUGUGCAUUCCUUAGCAUGCCAACUUUCAAAAAACAAAUCCUGGGUUGUUCGUAUUCCUUGGGAUUUUGACUUUUGGGUCCCCUUUUUGUUUUGUUUUAUUAUUCCCAAUGAUGUGCUUGCCCAGCUAACUUUCAAAUUGCACUUUUAAAUAAAUAUUUGUAACAAUUUUUAAAAGAAGGGUAUUUUAUCUUGUUUAGGAUCAUGAUAGGUAAGGAAAUCUACCUAUUGGUAAAAGCUAAAAGAUUAGUAAGACCAAAAGGGGGUGGGCACCGCGUCUGCGUGAAGCUCUGGUGUUAGAUACAGUGAUGUUAGUUCUUUUCAGAUGAGGAGAAAGUGUGAAUAUUACAAAGGGCUUCAAUGUAGGGUUCUGUGUUAUUUUUGUUUCACGAAAUUUUAAAGUUUUGAAUAGUCUUCUGUGAACAUAGACCAUGGGCAGGCCUCAGAUUUGCAUUAAAAUAUAGAAGCCUUUUGUUAAAAAUCAAUGUGGGCCUUGUCUGAGUACUGAAACCCACACUCCACAUUACAAAGCCGUGAACAGUCUAAGAAUUGAAAUCACCGCACUUAAAGCCAUGCUCUCUGCUAGCAGAGGAGAGUCAGUCAGACCCAUUCAGAGAGCACGUCUUUAGUAAGGUUCCCGCAUAGGUCAGGGACGAAGACUUGUGACUCUGGCUUUAAUUUUGUAGGAUCUAUUUUGAGUGCGUAUGGCAACCUCACUGAUUGAAGGUAUUGGCCGAACAGUGUUAUAGACCUGACACAGACUGGGACUGAGCGUGGCGUGUCAGCAAGAAAGGAGCUUCUCACGCAGGUGCUCCCUCCUGGGCCUCAGUCCUGCAGCGGCUGGCUUAGUCCAGGCCAGGCACUGCAGAACCAGGGCAAAGAGGACAAGGACAGACCUUUCUUCUGCAGUGACCCAGAGAGCUGAAGGUAUCCUUCUGCCAUAUGUCCUAGACUAGGGAAGGGAACACAGGGAUGGCCCACACUGCCUAGGAGUGUGUGUCUCUUACAGAUGUGCUCCCCAGCCCCACUCUGCCUGCUGCACUUGGUUUUGGAGCCAUCACAUUAAAGAACUGGUGGAAUAUAUAUGCUGGCUAACAAAAGAGCUUAGUGUGCUUACGGGAAGAAUGCUUUUCCUAUCGCCUGGGGAUGGGACGGAGGACAGUUCACUGAGAGCACCUGCCAGAGCACGGAUCCCAAAAUACCUUUACUUCUCAGCCCUCUGUUUUGAUCUUGUCAUUGUUUGGGCUGGGACAUCACAAUGCUAUGCCUGCCCUGGACUUCACAAUCCUGGCAAAUGGAAUUGUCAUGUAUGCCUGAGCACGCAUGUUGUGUUUUCCUCAAUUUCAGAAUUCACGCUAGAGCUGAAACAGGGAAACUUGGCAACUUGCCCAUUAUUCUCUGCUUUUAGCCAGAGUUAAACAGACUGAUGGGUCUGGUAGCCAACAGCUUGGCAACUUCCAUGCCUUCUCACCUCGUGCGAGUAAGGGCUGUGAAGAGAAAUCCCGUCUGAUUCCAACAGAAAUCUGUCUCUGCUAAGUGUUUUACCUUCUGUAAGUAAAGGCAGUGGGGCCAAGGGUUUUCUUUGGGUGAUUUCUCUGCCCACAGAGUGAGACCAGAGGGGCAGUCGUGGCACCUGCAGGCCCAGAGCUUGAGGGAGGGAUGCACUGAGUUCACCUCUGUGGACUUGGUGUGGUUUGGCUUCACCUUGUGCCACAAAGUGAAUUUGUAACCAAAACAGAGAUGGACUAUCUGGAAGGCUAGUUAUAGAACGUGGAGCACAGCAGCUGUCGCUUCCUCCCCCUCCCUCUGACUGCAUUGCCUCCCUCCCAAAUUGGUAGGAACGAUGGGCUUCUGUUUAUCUUUUUAAAGUGUAUCUUGUCCAUCGAGAGUAGAGAGAACGUAAAAUUGGAGUUCGCAAAUGUAUCAGCCCCUCACUGUGCGCCCCAGUCAAUUCCUGAAGAGAAGACUCUCCAACAAGAGGCUUUACUGGGCCACUGAAGACUCGGCCACAGGAUCCUCUCUGGACCCUCACAUCUGGGAGGGGCCUAGUAAGAUAGGAGGGGGUCUGUCUUAAAUGUCCAGUUGCCCUUACUCAACUCCCAACCUUCAAAAAGAUCUUAUCCUGAAAAUGGCCUUUCUCUUUAAGAGUGAGCACUGGGGGAUGGGAAAGCCUGCUGCCAAACCAGAUGACCCAAUUGUGAGCCCCAGAACCCACCUGGUGGAGGAAGAGAACCACACCCACAAGUUGUCCUCUCCCCUCCACGAGUGCUGGAUUGUGGGCACAUGUGCAAAUAAAUCACUAUAUAAAUGUACAGUUUUUAAAGAAA